AUGUCAAACAAACGUUCAUCAUUAAUCAGUAGAGUAAAGAGCUCUCCAUUUAAAACAAGCUUGUUUCAACUUUCUAAUGAGCAAAAAGGAGACGGCGCAUCUAAUAGUGUGAGACAGUUUGAAAACAAAUUGGGGGUAGGUGAAGCUAGUGUGUUCUGUGGUUCCAGUGCUUCCCCUUCAACUCUUUACACAACACCAAGAAAAACUCACACACGGGACCGUUCACAAGCGCAAACAAUUCCCCAAGCAUCAUCCCUGAUUGAUAUCUUUGAAGACAAAUUUCCUGCAAUGCCACAAAAGUCAUCAAAACGUUACAAUGGGGAAGUUUGCUGUUUUUGUAGGGACUCAUUACAACUCACAUUUCCAGGCGAAGUUGUACUACCACUUCUGUGUGAGCACUUGUGCCAUAAGAACUGUUUUAUGAUGCUGUUAGUCCCAGAAAAUACAAAGAAGUUGCCCAUUUGCAGUUUAUGUAAGGUGGCAACAAACGUGCUUGAUAAAGGGGUUUACAUCAAUAUGAUCAAUUCAAUUCACGCAUCGGCAAAGGAGCCAAUGCUGGAUAAUGCUCUGGCAACGAGUGAGGGGGGCACAUAUUCACAAGUAAUAACCCCUGUGAUGCUGCGAAACCUGUCAAAUCCGUUGCCUAGCACUCCUAUAAAUCAAGUGGCCAAUAACCAAUUUUUUACCCCACCAACUUCCACUCAAAGAACUGACUACGAGUCAGUACUUUAUAACCCCAUUAUUACCUGUACGAGUGAAAUUUACCCCAUCAAAUUGAAUGGAAACUACGAGAUAAGUUACGUAUUAAACAUCAAACCGCCUGCGAUUUACAGGGAACUCGAUCUCCAAUUUAAUCCAUCUGAAUUACAAUUGAAAUGGAAAGUUUCAAAUCGCAUCAACCAACAAUUGGGUUUGAAAGGAGAGUUUGGCAAUUUGGUAAUCUUUGACAAAAUGAAGAUUAGCAUUGAUGGAGAGUCGUGGGAUUACUCUCGUGUAUACUUGUUUAGCGACUACUUGGUGAUUUACAAUGACAACACACUUGCAGGAAUGAUCUCAAUUUCAAACGAUUUAAGUGCAGCGAGUUUAAUUGAUGGCAUCUUGAAUUUGAAUUUAACAGAGAGCAAAUUACCAGAGUUGUUCCUAUUUAAUGAGUUCAGUCCAACAAUCACCCAGAAAUGGUGUUAUAUGUUGCACAAAUUGAUGGACAAUGAACAACCAAUCACGAACUUGUUCCAAUUCACCAGCACUUGUUGGCUAGACUAUCAAUAUGAAAUGGAAAUCCCUCAAAAUUUGAUACGUUUCAACAACUUACUUCUUCAUGGAGGAGAGUUGCCCAACUCAUACAUAGCAAAAAUAUUACCUUAUCCCCAACCACUACCUUUAAACAUUGUUGUUGCGGUGCCACUAUUCAAUAAAACAGUCUUGUCAGACGCUGCGUAUCUCUAUUGGUUGCAGCAAUUGCUACAUAGAAUUCGUGCCACGUUGAAUGCUACUGAUAGAUUGGCGAUUAUUUUCCUCGGAAUUGAUUGUUUGCAUAAACCGUUGGCGAGUGGAACUUUUGUUGGGUGCAUUGAGGCGGCAUGGAAUGGUUGGGUUAACUUGUUUAAUGAUAUAAACAUUGUCACAAAUUCAUUCAAGAGUAAUUCGCAUGAGUUGGAAACUACACUUGAAAAAUGUGCUGAGCUAUACCCAUACAUUCCACUCCAAGAAAACUCCAUCAAUAAGCUUCUCGUGUUGAGCUGUGGAGACUACGAAGGCGACAAUCAGAUACGGUCACAAUUCGAUAUGAGUAAGAUCAAAAAGAUCUCGUUAUCGAUCGUGAAAAUUGGUUCACAUUUAGAUGUGUUUGGAAGACUGUCAAUUUUCUCGACUUUCGAACACGGCAAUGAUCCGGUACUUCGAUUUAAAACCCCAGAGGAGCUUCUCACUUCCAUUGACCUUUUGAUAAAACGGAUUCAAAGAAUAUGCCUACCACAUUUGACAGUGGAGCUUCAGACAAAAAACAAUAUCGUAUUCACAUCGUUUGAGCGGUUCGGUGUAAUGGAACUGACACCUGAUCUGCUUCAGAAAAUUACUUUUGGAGGCAUUGUGCCUAAUGAUGAACGAAACCUUCUCAUCACAGCCAGAUUAUCAGAUUGUUAUCAAUAUCCUGAUGAGGUUCCCAUUUUCACCUAUAGAGCAUCUUGGUGUGAUAACAAAUCCAUUCAAGAAACUGUGUAUGCAAAAGUUAAUACCAUUCGAUCACCAGUAACACCUACCCGUGUCACAGCAACAACAAUAAGCGAAGCCCCAAAUGCUGGCUCUUCUGAUAAAAGCCACUCAAACAGUAUCUAUUAUUUGGAUAUCCCUCUUUUACCCCCUUUAUCGCCAAGCAGAAAUGCCUCGUUUGCAAAAAGGCAAGCCGAGUUGUUGAUAAUUGAGCACCUACGGGAGGCCCUUGCUAAAAAGGAUGCUUCUGCGUUGAAGAGUUGUAUUUCAGUAGCUUAUGGUUUAUUAAGGUGUAUCUCGUCUGCUUUUGAGAAUAACAAGGCUUCAAGGACAACACCCCCAAACAUAAAUGCCAUCAAAAACAUCUUGGAAUUGAGCGCAAUCACCAGAUCUAGCAAUUUGGAGAGUCAUACAUAUGUCAAUUUACUUGUUUGCCAACUUGAACGCAUCAUUCCAUUGUUUGACAAUGACCUUAACAAGGCGUUGGAUGAAUGCUAUGACUUGAUCUAUAGUUUGAUAUAA